AUGGUUGUUAAAGUCUUUGUCACCGGUGCUACUGGCUACGUUGGAGGCACAGCCUUUGACUACAUUUACAACGCUCACAAGGACAAUGAGUACACUCUCCUUGUUCGCAGCGAAGCUCGCGCCCAGACCGUAAAGGCAAAAUACCCAACAGCCAAGUUUGUCUACGGCUCUCUUGACGAUGUCGAUGUCAUUGAACAGGCCGCUUCAGAGGCCGACGUUGUUGUCCACACUGCAGACUCAUCCGACCACAUCGCUAGUGCUCAAGCAAUCGCCAAAGGCCUGGAGAAGAGCCACACUGCCGAAAAGCCUGGAUACUGGCUACACCUUUCCGGAACGGGCAUCUUGACCUGGUACGAUCAUGUCAACGGCAGAGAAGGACAACCUCCUCUCCCCGAGCAGAAAUAUCACGAUAUCAACGACAUUGAGCGCAUCAAGACUUUGGACGACCGAGCCCACCACAGACUCAUUGACAAGCUUGUUAUCGGUUCCAAUUCCGAUGCUGUCAAGAUUGCCAUCCUCUGCCCGCCUCUCAUCUACGGCAAGGGUUCUGGUGCUGGCAACACGCAGACCAUUCAGAUCCCCACCCUCGUGGACAUGACUCUGAGCGAGGGAUUCGCGCCCGUUGUUGGAGACGGCAAGAAUGAGUGGGAUUACGUCCACAUUGACGACCUGGGCGACCUGUUUCUCAAGCUCUUCAACGCUACUCAAGACCCUUCAAAGAACGCCAACCCCGAGAUCUUUGGCGCCAAUGGCUACUUUUACUGCCCUUACGGCACGCUGAAUUUCACAAGGAUUGCCGAGCGGGCUGCGGAGGAGAUUAAGAAGCAGGGGUACUUGGCUGAUGUCCCGCUCAAGAGGGUGACUUUAGCUGAGCAGGCGAAGCUCAAGGGUUACCAGCCGGUAGCGCAAUCGCUUGGCCGAAACUCCAAGGGCGUGGCUGAGAGAGCGUCCAAGUAUCUUGGCUGGGCGCCGAAGCAAAGAGUUAGUGUGGAGGACGAUGUGGCCGAGGUGGUGAGCCAGAGGGCGAAGCGAUUGGGAUUGUAG